GAUGACGUCAGCACUGACGCGUUCAUUCAGCGUCGAGUCUUCAGAGCUGAGCUCUGCCACCAUCAGUGAAAGACAAAGACAGAGUUUAUUGAAGGACAGUGAGAAGAUGAGUGAUCCAGAACCCUGCAGAAUUAAACAGGAAGAGUCUGAAGAACUAAUAGAUGUGCUGGUGGAGAAGGAGAGUGAAGCUGAGGAGAAACAUCAGGUCAAAAGUGAAACUGAAACUCGCACAAAGGACAAACACAACUCUAUAAUGAAAAGAAAAGAUUUCACCUGCACUCAAUGUGGAAGGAGUUUCAGCCAGAAACACGACCUCAACGUUCACAUGUUGAUCCACAUUGGAGAGAAACCCUACAUGUGUUCACACUGCGGCAAGAGAUUCAAUCGUUCAGGACAUCUGAAAAGACAUGAGAUGAUGCACACUGGAGAGAAACCGCACAAGUGUGAUCAAUGCGGCAAAUUAUUUCCAUGGCCUUCAGAUCUGAAGACCCAUCUUAGAGUUCACACAAACGAGAGGCCGUAUUCCUGCUCUGAGUGUGGAAAGAGUUUCACAUAUCUGUCACAUUUAAAAGGCCAUCAGAAGAUCCACACUGGUGAGAAAGCGUUUGUGUGCUCUGAGUGUGGGAAGAGUUUUAUUAAAUCUGGAGACUUGAAACAACACCAGAUUAUUCACACCGGAGAGAAACCGUUCAUAUGUACUGUGUGUGGGAUGAGCUUUAGGCAAUCAUCACAUCUUCAUCAACACAAGCUGAUCCACACUGGAGACAAAACACACAAGUGUGAUCAGUGCGGCAAAACAUUUCUGAGGACUUCAGAUCUGAAGAACCAUCUUAGUGUUCACACACAGGAGAAACCUCAUUCGUGUUCUGAGUGUGGAAAGAGUUUUAAACGUUUGCGAGAGUUAAAUUUGCAUCAGCAGAUGCACACUGGUGUGAGGGAGUUUGUGUGCAUCGAGUGUGAGAAGAGUUUUAUUCGAGCUAGAGACUUGAGACGACACCAGAAGAUCCACACUGGAGAGAAACCGAACAAGUGUUCACACUGCGACAAGAGAUUCAUUCAAAAAGCACAUCUCAAAACACAUGAGAGCACUCACACUGAAGAGAAACCCUACACAUGUGCUCAAUGCGGGAAGAGUUUCAGAGCUUCAUUUCUCCUUAAUUUACACAUCCUGCGCCACGCUGAAAGGAAAAACCACAAAUGUGAUCAAUGCGACAAAACAUUUUUGAGGGCUUCAGAGCUGAGGAAACAUUUUCUAGCUCAUACACAGGAGAAGCCUCAUUCAUGUUCAUGUUAAGAAACGGUAAACAGCACUAGCUACGUUUUCAUCCACCUGUUUUUAUGUGUGUUUGGGAGAUGCGCAUAACUGAGGAGAAUAAACUUUCUAUUCGAUAAGAAAA